AUGCUUCAAACCUCUGAAAGUUUCGGAAAGGAUCAGGACACUAAGACCAUGUCGGAAGUAAAUGGACAAUCAUCAUCAGAACAACAACAACAACAACCAAAAUUUGAAGAAAAGGCUCAAGCUUUAAAUCAUCUCUUUGAUACAUUGGAUUCUAAAUUGAGAACAGGAUCAUCAUCCAAUCAUUUCAAUACGAGUAGUACUAGUAACAGUACCAUCAAGAUGCCUCCGGGACUCACACUCGACGACAUGUCUUUUUGGUUAAAGUACAGACAAGAAAUUGAUUAUUCAAAACCAACACCUUUUGCAUGUCCACCCAUAGCUUCUUAUCAAUACACUUCGUCAGAGUCUUCUUCAACAACCUUGGAACAAGACCAUCCGAAAAGAAUUAAAGCCAAAUCAGCACAGAAAAGAAAACAACAACAGGAACCAUUACAACCAAGUACUACUACGGUCCUUCCAGAACAUAAUGAUGGCCUUUCAAAAGUUUUUUGCAUUAAAAGAAAAAGAAAUGAGGAGCCGAUUGAAACAUUUUAUAUUCCUUCGAUUCAACAAACGAAGAAGACUAAAAUUUCGGAUUUGGAAAAGCAUUUGGCUAAUACCAAUCUAUCAGGAGAGUCAUCAAAGAAAAAGAAGGAUCAUGAUUUUUCAAUUAGUCCUAAUGUGUCACUCUUCAAAUUUACCUUGUUAAAAGAUGAAAGUAAUCAAAAGAAAAAACAAGAAACUCACUCUGCUUCGUUGAAACAAAUCGCCACGAUUGACAGCAAAUCUAAAACAACCGAUCGAUUAAAGAGUCAUCAAGAAUCGCUCAAACAAAAACGUUUGCUUAGAAUUAACGAGAAGAGACGAGAAGGUGAUAAGGAAAUUGUGGAAUUUGGGUUUGUUCAAGCAAAAGAAAAGAAAACCACUGAGGAAUUGCUCUCUCCUUAUGAGUCUCUAUUAAAGCAAGCUUACGGAAAUGAUUCACUUGAAGAAUUGAGAAAACUUGAACAAGCAGAGGACGACGAUUUUGAAAUUGAUUACUACACUGUUGAAACAACCAAUGACAUGCAAGAUGAUGACGAACAACCUCAUGCAAACGCAGUUUUGAGAUUUGAAAGUUUUGAUGAUCAAUUAUGGCUCGAAAACACAUUGGAUGAUGGAUUAUUUGACAAUGACGACGAAUAUGACUCUGAAGACUCUAACGCUUCAGGAAAUCCAAAUAACGAUUAUCCUGACGAAGAAGAGGAUGACGAUGAUGACGAAUACUAUGACGAAGAUGACUAUGGAGGAAACCAAUAUUAUGAUGAUGGUGAGCAAUACUAUGACGACGAACAAGACGAUGAUGACGGUGAUUAUUAUUAA